AUGCGGUCUGUCGCAUCUCGACUUGUCGGACUCUUUAUUGGAGCUUCGCAAGCUUUGCAAUACCAACUCUCAAGAAAUUACACCGGCCCAGACUUCUUCGAUCAAUUUGACUUCUUCUCAGACCCAGAUCCGACGCAUGGGUUCGUUAAGUACCAGGACUUGGCCGGGGCUAAUAGUACUGGAUUGGCAGGCUUCGCGUCUAACGACGUUUUCGAGAAUGUGAUCUAUCUUGGGGUCGACUCUUCUAAUAUGGCUCCGAAUGGCAGGCAGUCUACACGCAUUCAAUCUAAGGAUUUCUUCAACUAUUCCUUGCAUAUCGCCGACAUCAUGCAUAUGCCUGGAGGUAUUUGCGGGUCAUGGCCGGCCUACUGGCUGGUAGGGCCAAAGUGGCCAGAUGAUGGGGAGAUUGAUAUCAUGGAAGGAAUUUCGCUUCAGCCCGUCAAUAAGAUGGUCCUUCAUACGAAAGCACACCUCACCAUCUCGAACAUCUCAGAUCCGAGUGUUGCGAAUGCCACUCAAAUGCAGAUGCGGGGGGCAUUCACAAGCCUUGAUUGCAGUGCUGAUGUUCCUGGAAAUCCCGGCUGUGCAGUGUCAGGUUCAAACAACUCCUUCGGAAAGGCAUUCAACGAUAACGGCGGAGGAGUCGUGGCAACCGAAUUCGCCCCCGGUUGGAUCUCCAUCUGGAAUUUUGCGCGUGAUGAGGUACCUUCGGACGCUUUCAGUGGCAAUCCCAGUCCGGGAACCUGGAGAACUCCCGACGCCCAUUUCAUGUCCGCAAACGGGAGCUCACUAUCCGAAUACUUUUCCAACCUGAGUAUCGUCAUUAACACUGCUCUAUGCGGAGACUGGACCAAUGAAGAGUGGUCGGGCUCCGGGUGCGCAGCGUUGGCACCAACUUGUCAAGACUAUGUGGCCAACAAUCCGCAAGCAUUCAAAGAAACUUUCUGGCUCAUCCGAGGCAUUCAGGUCUAUCAGCCUGUAUAG